GUGUGAAUGAAGAAAAUAUGAUUCUUUGCUGCCCAUUUUCUGGACUAUCAACACUAAAAUCCAGGCUUCAACACUCGCGCUGGAUUGCAAUAUCUGUGGCUGCUUUGUCUCAUUUGGCGUUCACGUGAAGACGGAAAGAAAACAGUGAAACCUCGGAAGAGGCUUUUAGUGCAGUUUAUUUAUUCCUCAGCGCGAGUCGAGAUGUCAAAGAAGGUGAAUUUCGUGGAAUUUGGCAUCGUGGAGCCGCACGCGAGACUGAAGAAGCUCGCCAAUCACGGGAACCUCUCGGAAAUCGACCUCAACAUUCCCAUUCGCAGGUACUACCGCUCGGGCAUGGAGAUGGUGCGGAUGGCGCACGUGUAUCUGUCCGAGGGCAAUCUGGAGGACGCGUACAUUCUUUACAUGAAGUUCAUGACGCUGUUCAUCGAGCGCAUUAAGUCGCAUCCGGAAUACAAGAGCGUGCCGGCGGCCACGAAGCAACAGAACCAGGCGAAGCUGAAGGAGGUGCUGCCGGUGACGGAGAAGCUGAAGGUCACGCUGCUGGCGCGCUAUGAGAAGGAAUACACGCAAUUCCUGGCCAACAAGGAGGCUGAGCGUGCCAAGGAGGCGGCGGCGGCGCGCGAACGGGCCAAGAACAGCCUCCCGCCGGCCGCCACGAGCGGUGCCGUCGGGCAAGAAUACGCCCCGAGCGCCCCAAAUGCUGAACUGCUGGACAACAUCGUGUAUCCGAACGACUUUCCCUCAGAUCCCAAUCGCUCCAGCUCCAGCGGACUGAUUCUGCCGGAGUCGGACAAGAAGCCGCGCUUCGACCGCAACCUCAAGCCCUCCUCGUCCUCCAGUCUGCUCGACGGCGUGCUGCGCACCGUCGUGGUGCCCAUCGACACCAUGGCCAGCUUCCUGGACCUGGCCAAGAGCAACACGCAGGCCAACGUGGAGACGUGCGCCAUCCUGGCCGGCCGCCUGGCGCACAAUCAACUCCUCCUCACGCACAUGAUCCUGCCCAAGCAGAAGGGCACGUCGGACAGCUGCAACACGAUGAACGAGGAGGAGAUCUUCGACGUGCAGGAUCAGCACAAUCUCAUCACGCUGGGCUGGAUUCACACCCAUCCGAGUCAGACGGCCUUUCUGUCUUCGGUGGACUUGCACACUCACUGCUCUUAUCAGAUGAUGAUGCCCGAGGCAUUGGCCAUCGUGUGUGCGCCCAAGUAUCAAGAGACCGGAUUCUUCUGCCUCACGCCCAACUAUGGACUGGAAUUCAUCGCGCAGUGUCGACAAACGGGAUUCCAUCCGCAUCCCAACGAUCCGCCACUGUUCAUGGAGGCGCAGCACAUCAGCCUGAGUGAUAGUUUGAAGAUUGAAGUUGUGGAUCUGAGAAGGUAGUUUCGCUGCCAAUUGUCGCUGAUUAAUAUUAAGUGCUUUUAACAAAUUACUCUCUGUGCUUUAAACAAGUGAAGUGCGCUGAAAUUCACGCAAGGAUGCUAACGUGUGAAAAACCGUGAUGAAUUUUUCACGAGGUUGUACCAAAGGUUUCGAUGAAACUAUCGAUUUGUGCCGGUACAUCGAGAUACUCCACAAAAAAGAGGAAAAAAUUACUAUUACAUUGAACUCUGUGACGACGAAAGGAUUAUUUAUGGAUUUUAGAUGU